AUGAAGAUUCUCUUUAUCGGCGACAUCGUGGCGAAGCCCGGCCGUGAGAUCAUCCGCCGGGCGGUGCCGCUGCUCAUCGAGCGCCACGGCAUCGACCUUGCCGUCGCCAACGUCGAGAACGCGGCGGGCGGCCGCGGCGUCACACGCGAGGUAGCCGAAGCGAUCCUCUCGGCGGGGAUCGACGUGAUGACGACCGGCAACCACGUCUGGGACAAGAAGGAGGCGCUCGAAUACAUCCGGAUCGAGCCGCGGCUCGUCCGGCCCGCGAAUUUUCCGGCUGGCGUCCCUGGCCGCGGCCGGUACAUCACGCGUACCAAGCGCGGUGAGCCGGUGGCGGUGAUCAACGUCAUGGGGCGCGUCUUCAUGAACCCGCUCGACAACCCGUUCAGCGUCGUCCGCGAGGAGAUCGAGGCUGUGCGCAGCGUGGCGCGCGUCAUCCUCGUCGACUUCCACGCCGAGGCGACGUCCGAGAAGCUGGCGAUGGGCUGGCAUCUCGACGGCAAGGUGACGGCGGUGGUCGGGACGCACACGCACGUGCAGACCGCGGACGAGCGCGUGCUCCCGGGCGGGACGGCCUACAUCACCGACGUGGGCAUGACCGGGGCGCACGAUUCCGUCAUCGGCGUCGAGGUCCGUCCGGUGCUGCAGCGCUUCCUGGACGGGCUGCCGGCCCGAUUCGACACGGCCACACGAAAUCCGCGCCUCAACGCGGUCGUCAUCACGGCGGAUGCCGCCACCGGCGCCGCCCGCAGUAUCGAGCGCGUCAGCGUGUCGGCGCAGGACGUCGAGACAUACGCCAGCGAGCAGGUGGCGACGUGA